AUGGCGGCUGCCGUCAAGGCACCAUUAGCACCAACAGGUGCAAUCACUGCCAAGAAAUCUUCAAGUGUUUCUAUCGGAUACGUUGCAAUGGUACUGCUUUCGCUCCAAUUUGGGCUGCAGCCGAUUCUGUCCAAGGAGUUUGCAAGUCGAGUCAAGAACCGCACAGUCUUAGUCGUUGGUUGUGAGGCUUUCAAGCUGCUUGGGUCACUGCUGAUCCUCGUGUCUUCAGGAAGCAUAAGCCGAGUUGCGAAGACGUGGAGGUUACGAGAUAGUCUCGUCACUUCGGGUUUACCAGCUUGUACAUACGCCGUGCAGAACGUACUGAUCCAAGUCGCGUACCAGCACUUGCCAUCCAUUGUAUCGAACUUGAUGAACCAGACCAAGCUCUUGUCAGCUGCUCUCUUCCUCUACUUUCUCAUGGGUCAACGCUUCUCAGAGCAGCAGUGCUUUGCUAUGUUGCUGCUAUUAAGCGCUGCUGUGCUCCUGUCACUUGCUAAACACAGCAGCAAUAGCAGCAGCAAUACCUCUCAAGACUUGGCUGCUCCAUCGGCCAUGGCGUUACAACUCGGACUUGUGUCGGUGCUUCUCGCUUCACUACUCUCUGGCUUCGGGUCUACGCUCACUCAGCGUGCCAUGCAACAGCAUAAACGUGAUGCUGCACUUGUGACGAUUGAGCUCUCGAUCUAUGGCAGUCUCUUUCUGAUUAUACUACCAGCGAUGUGGUCUUUGGUUGUCACGACGCCUGGAUCCGAGUUGUCGGCUGCCGACACGUGGUGGACUCGUCUGGACAAGACGUUUGAAGGAUGUGACUAUUAUACGCUCAUUCCUGUGAUGAGCAAUGCCCUCGGCGGAUUGCUCGUUGGUACCGUCACGAAACAACUCGGUGGUGUGCUCAAGUCCUUUGCGCUCGUUAGUGGUAUCGCCUUCACGGCAUUUGUCGAGAGUUAUGCGUAUGAUGCAGUACUGCCGAACGAAGUGUUUAUUGCCGCAGCUCUCGUUGCUACGAGCAUGGCUAUUUAUUCUCGCUUUCCCUACGUGGACAAAGCAGUUAAGAUCAAGAUGGAGUAA